UAUCAGACUGCAUGAGGUGGUCUGCAAAAAGCGUGCCUGGUGUCGUGUGCGUCACGUGGUCUGGCAGACAGCGUUCCCAUGAGCUGCCUCCUGCUGUAUGUUGCAGACGGAGAAAGGCAGCGCCCUGCACGAGGCGGCUCUCUUCGGGAAGACGGACGUGGUUCAGAAGCUGCUCAGCUCAGGGAUCAACGUCAACAUGGUGGACAAGAAGGCCUUGACGGCACUGGACAUUGUGAAGGACAUGCCUUCCCAGAAGAGCCGGGAGAUUGCCGCGCUUAUCCAGGGUCACAUGACAGGAAGUCCACCCGAAAUAGCUCUGCCCCCUCCCCCUCCGUGUCAGGACAAUCUGAGCCCCCGGAAGAAAGGAGACUCCACAGUGGAGCCGAUAACAGCACCGGGCCCUGAGGAGGAGAGCCCCUAUGAGGCACUCUUCGAAGCCACUUCCUGCCAUUCCCUGGACAGCCUGGCCAGCGGCAAGUCUUCUGAGAGGGACUCGGGUCGGACUGACAGCGAGGGGGGCAGGAAGGAGCAUCCACCCCAAAGCGCACAGCAACCACCUGGCCGCGAGGAGGGUGUCACCUCUGAGUCCUUGUAUGUGAACAGCAGCAUGGAGCAGUGGGUGGAGCGAAUGGGGAGGUCUGAGGAAGAUGAGGACCACACGUAUGAUCUGCUGGUGACCGCCCAGACCAAGGGCUCGUCGCGGCCAGGCACAGAUGAGGCUCCCCCGCUGCCCUCCAGCAGCCUCCUGCCUCAGCGAAAACCAGCCCCGGCCAGCGAGCCCCGACCCCCGGGCCAGUCCGCCAAGACACCCCCGGACCUGGCGCCAGUGCCCGGCCAACUGGGACCGCGUCCCAUGGCGGAUUCCAGCGUGCCCGGCCAGGGCAUCGACGUCCCAGAGCAGUUCACCGGGCUCCUGCACGGCUCCUCGCCCGUCUUCGAGUCUCACAAGGUGCCCGGCGUGCCAGCGGAGAGCCAGAAUCCGCAGCCUGCAGCAGCCGACGCUCCCACGCCCGUGCGGCCCACCAUGGCAGCCUCCCCGGCCGAUCCCAAGGCCAUCUACGCCACCGUGGUGCAUACAAGGCCCGAGGCCCGGGACUCGCCUGCUGCUGCGGCGGCGCCGGCCAGCCGGCCACGCCCCCCAGGGAACCUGAAGUUGGCUCGGAGCCUCUCCAAGUCUGACUCGGACCUGCUGGUGUCGCCACCCAACGAGGAGGACGGGGGCCUGAGUGGCCGCAGCGAGUCCGUCUCCAAUUGCAGCGCCAGCAAGAAACGGCUGGAGAAGUCGCCGUCGUUCGCCUCCGAGUGGGAUGAGCAGAUACGGAAGUCUCUGACCGCACAACCUCGGAUCUCUAAGUCAUUCCAGAGUAUUGAGAAAAUCAUGAACCUGAUUGGAGCAGGAUUUGACUUCUCAAAGGACCAGCACAUGGCUGCUGCAGGGGGCGUUGGAGCACAUGCCUUGGACCAGGCCGUGGGAGACUGGCUGGAGCAUGUUGGCCUGCCGCAGUAUGAGAGCAAGCUGCUUCUCAACGGCUUUGAUGACCUGCGCUUCUUGGGUAGCAAUGUGAUGGAGGAGCAGGAUCUCCGGGAGAUUGGCAUCACAGACCCAGGGCAUCGACGGAAGAUCCUGCAGGCGGCCCGAUCACUGCCCAAGGUGAAAGCUCUGGGUUCUGAUGGCAGCACUUCCCUCUCCUCCUGGCUGGAUGCUCUGGGCCUGCAGGAGUAUCUGCCCAACUUCUUAGCCAGUGGAUAUUGCUCCCUGGACUGUGUCAGGAAUCUCUGGGAACUGGAGAUUGUCAAUGUGCUGAAGAUCACACUGCUCGGGCACCGGAAACGGAUUAUCGCCUCUCUGGCAGAGCGACCCUAUGAAGAACCCCCCGUCAAGCCCCCCCGUUUGUCGCAGAUAAGGUGUCAGGACUUGGCCUUACAGACACCCCCUAUGCUCAGUCACCUGGACUCCUACACGGAACACUCCGCGGACCCUCUCCUAUCCCAGGGGGAUUUUGGGAGGAGGAGGGGGCCUGACCCUGAUUAUGAGGCUCCCCACCAUUCCUGCAGCGAGCGGCCCCGCCCCCACGACCGAGCUGGGGACCGGCAGCAGGAGCCUCGCCUGACCCUGAGACCACCCAGCCUCGCAGCACCGUACACACCGGUCCAAAACUGGCACCAUCAACCAGAGAAGCUCAUCUUCGAGUCAUGUGGCUAUGAAGCUAGCUACCUGGGAUCCAUGCUCAUCAAGAACCUGCGAGGUACCGAAUCUACCCAGGACGCCUGUGCGAAAAUGAGGAGGUCCACCGAGCUAAUGAGGAAGGUCCCCACCAUCAUCCUGUCCAUCACAUACAAAGGUGUCAAGUUCAUUGACGCAGCCAACAAGAACGUCAUCGCCGAGCAUGAAAUCAGAAACAUCUCCUGUGCAGCCCAGGACCCGGAAGACCUCUGCACUUUUGCUUACAUCACCAAGGACCUGCAGACCAAUCACCACUACUGCCAUGUCUUCAGCACCAUGGACGUGAACCUGACCUAUGAGAUCAUUCUGACGCUGGGACAGGCAUUCGAGGUGGCCUAUCAGCUCGCUCUCCAGGCCCAGAGGAGCAAGCAGCAGCAGCAAGCGUCAGCGAUCAACGAGACCAAGUCCAGCCGGCCAGUACCCAAACCUCGAAGCAGCAUGAGGAAGUCUGGGACAGAUUCUGCUGAGCUGGAGGUGGACACACAGUCGCAGGGAAGUGCCACGUGGCUGGUGGACCCAAAGGACUCCAAACACAGCAUCAGUACAAAGUAUGAGACCACCAUAUUCUGAGCUGGCUCCCUGCCCCCAGCCCUAGCCCCCACCCUCUUCUCUGCUUCGUGCCUUCUCACUGUGACUCCCUCUGAGCUGGCCCCAUCCUCAGUCUGUGUGCCUGCCUCUGGCCACAGCCCUUCCUCUCAGAGCAAUGCUCCUCCACUUCCCCCCACCCCCCAUCAUCUCACCUCCGCUCUGAUCAGUCCCCCCCCCCCUUGCUGCCGCUGAUGCUACAGAAAGGUGUUGCCCCACUAAUUUGCCCCUGCUGCCCCUCCCCCAGCCGGCAAGGCCGAUCAUUGCCCUGAGGGAGCACUCUGCUCCCUGCACGUGAAUGGUCACCGUGCCGACUUCAUGCAUAAUUCCCCCAAAGAGCACACUUGGUACAUUUUUAAAAUGAAGUGUGCAUCAUUUCUAGCAGCUUUCAAAGGUGUCACGUGGAGGCACCCUCGUUCACCCCACUGCCCCCUUCGGUUUUCCUUCGUCUCCUUUUCAAUGAUCCUGUCUUAUUUUUCCUCUGGUGUUUUUCCUGUUGCACCAGGCGUAGACCACUGUGAGGCGCUCCGCUUAACUCAAACCUGAGCUGGGAGGUGGGAGAAACGGCACAAAAAAACACACGACUCAGCAAAAUAAAACCCAUUUUUCAGAUUCAUUUUUAGAUCUCAGAUAUAGAUAAUUUUUCAGACUGAGUGCCCCCUUGGAGCAGCUUUUAAGCUGUCAGAUUCUUCCCUCCCCCGCCUCCAUCAUUCUAUGCAUAUUAAAGCAGUGGGCUGCCCAGUUUUUCCUAGGAACAAAGGGAAGUGAUUUGUACUGUACACAUACACCUGAACUGAGGCUCUUAGUCAGGGGUAAAACAUCCUUCUGCUGUGUAGCUCAUUCGCCUGAGGGAGGCGAUAUUUACCACUGUGAAUUUGUUUCUCGUGAAUUAAUGGUGUAGCGUGGUUAGAGCCUAAGUACUGUGAGUAUGUUGUUGGGUGACCAUUCAAAAUGAAGAGAAUCACGCGAUUAACUGGUGAAUGGUCAGAUUCAACAGGACCGACUGGUGAAUGGUCAUAUUCAACAGGAUUAUGGGUUUGACUGGUGAAUAGCCAAACCAAACAGGGUCACAGAUUAACUGGAAAAAGGACAAACCCAAAAGGGUCACAGAUAAACUGGCAAAUGGUGGAACCCAAUUGGGUCACAGACUGACUAAUGACGGGACCGAACAGAAUCAUCGGUCUACUUACAAAUGACAGAACUCAACGAGAUCACAGAUCAACUGCCAAAUGGAUAUAUCAAGGAGGGCCACAGAUCUACUGGCAAAUGGUGGAACCCAAAAGGGCCAUAGAUGAAAUGGCAGAACCCGAAAGGGUCACAGAUCGACUGGUAAAUGGUGGAACCGACAGGAUCGUGGGUCUGCUGGCCAAUUUCAGAACCUAAACAGAGUCACAGAAAUACUUGCUAGUGGCAAAACCCAUCAGGGUCACAUUUCGACUGACAAAUGACUAAAACAAACAGGAUCAUAGAUCUGCUGGGAAAUGGCGGAACCCAACAGGGCUUAGACAGAUCGACUGGCCAAACUCAGCAGGGUCACAAUGAGAGAACUGAAGAAGGUCAUAGAUGCACUACCUUUUAAAAAGUUUGGGGUCUCUUAGAAAUUUCCUUGUUUUCUAUGUUUUCUAUCUUCCACAAGUUGGAUUGGCUUGAUGGACACUUCUUAAGUACCAUUCGGUCAAGCUGCUCCUAUAACAGCUCAAUAGAGCUGAGAUCCAAUGACUGUGCUGGCUGCUCCAUCAUACACAGGAUACCAGCUGACUGCUUCUUCUGUAAAUAGUUUUUGCAUAGUUUGGAGCUGUGUUUGGGUCACUGUCCUAUUGUAGGAUGAAAUUGGCUCCAGUUAAACACCGUUGACAGGUAUGGCAUGACAUUGCACAAUAGAGUGAUAACCGCCUUUCUUCAAGAUCCCUUUGACCCUGUACAGAUCUCCCUCUUUACCAUCACCAAAGCAGCCCCAGACCAUCACAUUACCUCCACAAUGCUGGAUGGAUGUCGUCAAGUACUCCUCCAACAUCUUUUCAUUUGAUCUGCAUCUCACAAAUGUACUCCUAUGAUAUCCAAGGACCUCAAACUUAGAUUUGUCUAUCCAUAGCACUUCUUUCCAAUCUUCCUCUGUCCGUUGUCUGUGUUCAAUUGCCAUUCUGAGAUAUGGCUUUUUCUUUGCAAUUCUACCUAGAAGGCCAAGAUCCCGGAUUUGCCUCUUCACUGUUGAGAUUGAGAUCGGCCUUUUACUAUUUAAUGAAGCUGCCAAUUGAAGACCCAUGCGGCGUCUGUUUCUACACACUCUAAUAUAUUUAUCCUCUCACUCAGUUGUGCACCAGAGCCUCCCUUUCCUCUUUCUGUUGUGGUUAGAAUCAAUAUGCGCUGCUCUCUGAAGGGAGUAAUACACAGCAUUGUACGAGAUCUUCAGUUUCCUGGCAAUUUCUCGCAUGGAAUAGCCUUCAUUUCUCAGAAGAAGAAUAGACUGAUGAGUUUCAGAAGAUUUUUUGUUUGUCCAUUUUGACCUUGUAAUUGAACCCACAAUUGCCGAUGCUUCACAUACUCAAAAUAGUCCAAAGAAGGCAAAUUUUAUUGCUUCUUCAAUCAGCAUAACAAUUUUCAUCGGUGCUAACAUAAUUGCAAAAGAGUUUUCUAAUGAUCAAUUAAACUUUUAAAAUGAUAAAGUUGCAUUAGCAAGUACAACAUUCCAGUGGAACAGAGAACUAAUUGUUGCUGAUAAUGGACUUCUGUACACCUAUGUAGAUAUUCCAUUAAAAAUGGCCAUUUCCAGUUAUGAUAGUCAUUUAUAACAUAAAUAAAUGUCUACAUGGUACACGGUACAAAGAUCAGUCUGACGUUAUUUUAGUAGACAAAAGAAACUUUGCAAGGAAAUGUCUAAGUGACCCCAAACUUUUGAACGGCGACUGCAUACUGUCAAAUGGUGGAACCAAACUGCGUCACGGAUAUACAAGUAAAUGACAGAACUCAACAGGGUCCACAGAUCAACUGGAAAAUGAGAAAACCUAGCAGAUACAGAUCAAGUGGCAGAACUGAACAGGGUCAUGGUUAUACUGGCAAAUGGCCAUACCAAUGGGAUUGUGAAUGUUAUGGCAAAUAGCCUAACAGAACAGGAUUGCAUUUUGACUGGCAAAUGGCCAAACCGAACAGGGUCACAGUAUUGAUUGCCAAAUGGCCAAACCAAACAGGGUCUUAGAUCUACUGACAAAUGCCGGAACCUAGCAGGGUCACAGAUCGACUGGCGAAUGGCGGAACCUAGCAGUGUCACGGAUCGACUGGUGAAUGGCGGAACCUAGCAGUGUCACGGAUCGACUGGUGAAUGGCGGAACCUAGCAGUGUCACGGAUCGACUGGUGAAUGG